CCGGGAAAGUGGAAAUUGUUUAUGUUCCCCCGUAUGUUAUUCACCGUUUCAUUUAACUGCAUGAGUUUUAUCCGGAAAUGGCUUUUUAACAGUGAGAACACAGGCAAGGGAUUAGGGCCCUUCCUUGGCUUUUGCACAGCUUUGCCUUGUUUUAGUUUAUUUCCUAGUAAGAAUUUCACGGUUUAUUUGGUUAUAUGAAGUAGUGGAACAAUGCCUUACAUAUCUAUACACCCUCUGGAGAUCAAUAGGUUUGUUACAAUAAUGCCCCCGGCCCUGCUUACAUCCUAUCCAAAUCACACCUGGGAUCCUAUUAAUCCUUGGAAAACCAAUCUAAAGACAACUAAUAACCAUGGUGGAGACAAGUAAACAAGUCCGAGUAGACAACUGGGGCAUCUAUUUCCUCCAGAGACUCCAGCUCUUUUUCUCUAAAACUGAUUUUUGCGAUUUAACCCUACAGUUUGAAGGCAAUGUCCAAUUAAAAGUCCAUCGUCUGGUCAUGAACGCUUGCACCGAAUACUUUGGGUUUCUGGAACAAACUUGCCCUGCACACGAAGAAAACACCAUCAUGAUGCCCCCGGAUCUACAGGCUGACGUCAUAGUGCCAAUUGUUAACUUUAUGUAUACCGGUAUGUUGGAGUAUCAUGCGAGUAUAUAUGAUAAACUAUAUGCCGCUGCCAAUACCAUGAAUAUCACAGUGUUGACGAAAUUAUUGGAGGCACAGUUGUCGGCAGUUUCAAAAGUUUAUCGAUUGAACAAGUAUAAUAAGAAAAAGGGUGAAGAGAGUGAAAAUGCUUGGAAAGAUGUGAAGAAAAAUUCUCCUGUAGAGCCCCCCAUGAGCUCCCCAGUCCCAACUGCCAGUAAAAGGGGCAGCUACCGGGGUAAAAGACAACAUUUCUCCCCUUUGCCCAGAUCGAGUUCUUCCAAUUCAAACCGAUGGGGGUCCACCUCGGACACGUUCGAAAGCAGACCAGAAAGAGUAGCCACCAGAUCUUCUUUGGCAGAUAAUACACCCAGACCGACGAGAUUCGAAUGGCCCGAAGAUGAUUUAUCACCGGUGCCAGGGAUUUACAACGCUUUUGACGAGGUGUCUUUGACCAGUAAACCCUUAUGGACUAAAGACGAUGACCAUAAAACAGGUGUACUGGAAGAAGCUCAGCGAGCAAUGGACCCUGCUCGAAGCAAAAAUAAUAGCACGAGUCAAGAGGCGGAAGAAGUAGAACCGGAGAGAAAAGUCAAUAUAUCCAGCUCGGAAACUGUUACAAACGAGUCGGUUAAGAGGAAAUCUGACACCAAUGCGGCCUCAUCACCUAAAAGGAUUAAAAUCACAAAUACCGAGGAUGAAACCGUGAUAAGUUUGACCACCAGUAAUCCGAGCGAGGUGGACCACACGAAAAUCGUAUCGGAAAUAUUGAAAAAGUAUCCGGACUUGGUGAAGAAGAAGAAGAAUAUUAAAUUGAAGAUUACCCAGUCGAAAUCUGAUUCCGGGAAGACGGCGAAGGAGAAGCCUAAGCCUGUGCAGGUUGCUGCUGCUCCUAUCGAAAGAAUGACCACCAGACAGCAAACGAUGCGUGAAGUGAAGAAGGAAAUCGUAAAGGAAACUACCGAAAAAGAGGCAACAAAACUCAGGUCAAGGAAGGCGAGUUAUCGAGCGAUUAGUGAUGAGGGCCCUUGGCUUUGUUUGGAAUGCUAUGGUGACGACCAAGAAGGUUUUCCCGAGUUCGUCCUUUACUACCUCUUCAGGAAACACAUGAGCGACCAGCAUCAAAUGGAAUUCGACUCAUCUUUAUGCAAAUAUUGCGGUAAAAAGUGCACCAAAGAGAACUACAUGGUGUACCAUUUGUACACCAAACACGGAUUGAAACCGGCCAAGCCCUACGUCUUCCCCAAGUGCAGUAAAUGUCCCUUUAUCGCCGUGACAGAUGAACGGCUUCAGGAGCACAUGAGAAACCACGGACCCGACGAGGUUCAAUGUCGCAAUUGUCAACUCGGAUUUCACACUAACGAGGAUCUGGUCCUUCAUCAGCGCAUCGUUGGACAUACUAAAGUGAUCAAAUCGAUCCUCGACUGCGCCUACUGUCAAAAGAAACUCCAAUCGCCCGUCACCCUGUUCACGCACAUCAGGGCGCAACAUUUAAAAGAGGCGCGUCGCGACGGCAUCACCAGCCUGAACGAGGUGAUGGACGUCGAAAACGAAGAGGGCGACGACGAACCCCAGUUUGAAUCGGAAAAAGCGCCACAGAACAACGUGCAGUUGCAGGUUAAAGAACAACAACACGCGGAGGUCAUCAACGAGACACAUAGCGGCGUGAAAGUUGAAAAAGAGUCGUUUAGAGAUAGGGUGAAGAUCAUUUCGAACGUAAAAGUGGCCAAGGAGCGAGAAAACGCGGUAAAAAUGGAACGACCGGCGGUGCAAAUGGUGCAACCCGAGCAGUCGCGACAAGAGAACGUUUCCGUUACUCCUACUACCACCCUGGCCAACAUCGGUGGGAAUAUAGGCGGAAGUAUAGCGACGAAUUUGGGUCUGGUGGACAUCGUGGUACUGGAGGACAACCAACAGUACAUCCUUCAGCAGCCCCAGGGCCAAGUGGGCGGAGCCGAUUUCAUUCUACCGCCGGAACUCACUAGCGGCGAAGGUAUAUUACAGGCGGCGGCUGCCGCUGCCGGCGGUGACCUAAACUCCACCGACGAACUGGUGAUGGUCCUCACCGACCACGAUUAUCCCGAAGACGAACAAAAUCAAGGACAAGGCGGCGAGAAUUCCAAUAUCGUAGUGCUUUAUAGUCACCCGGUGGAGGGACAACAGGGUCAAUUUAUCACCUCACAAGGAAAUCUUCUAGUUAAUUCUGACGGGAUGCUGGAAAUAAGAAACGGAGCCUCGAUUACCACUACGGCCGGUCAGAUAAUCGUCGAUAACACCACGACCACGCAAGCGAUCGAGUCGCCUAUAGAAUCGAUCGAUUUGAUUAGGAAAGAAAUUGAGGGCACCGGGGGUGGAGAUGCUACUACGGUGGAUACUCCUUUAAAGGAAAAAGACAACGAAUUUGCGCCUUCCACAAAUGAGCAAGUACAACAGCCAGAAACGCAGUCAGAAAACCACCCCGAAGAAUUUUCUGCUGCUGAGGGCAAAAACACGCCUCCGGACACCACCGAUUCCACCGUAAUGCAGCAAGAACAAGAAGAACCCAUGGAAGUAGACGAGAACCAAAUACCCAACGCUGAAGAACCCUCGGAAGUAGUAACUUCCGCAGAACAGGAAAAUACGGAAACAGGCGCAACAGAAGAGGAAAAACGAGUGACAGAAGAGGAGAGUUGUGAAAACGCCUCGCAACCCGUAGACAUCCCUCCAGUAUCUCCCAAAUGCCAAUCGGAAGAGGUGGAAAUACCACACGAGGACGAAGAAGUGGUCAGUCAGCAAACAGCAUCCGUAGAACCCAUGGAAGUGGACGGAACAAUCCUUCAGAACCACCCGCAGGAGAGCCUUGACGAGGUCGAUCGAUCCACUUACGCCCCCGAAGAAACCGUGGAAACGCAACCGACCGUUCAAACUCCCUCGGAGGAACCUCAACCUCAAGAAUGCGCCAAACCGGAAGAACAGCAACAUCCGGAAGUGAACGCUCCAACUGCUUUCGAGGAUUUCACCGAUGAGUCGCAGCACAGUGCCGGGCAGAAAACGAAUAAGGACUUAAAUAAGGAGAUUCUGGAGGAUUGGGACGACACUGACAGUCAGGCGAGCCAAAAUCCUGAGAAUCAGGAGGAUGAGGAGGAGGUUCAAGAGGAACGUGAACCGAAUGAGAAUAAUGCUACUGAAAACGUUACAAAACUAAUGGACGACUGGGAGGAAGAAGAGGAAGACCAACACAAAGAAUAAAUCAAAAGGAAAAAAACGAAUCUUCUGCCCGAAGAUUGAAUUGUCUUAUCUACAAAAAUCGUAUACUCGUUCUUUUUUUUUUAACUUUAUUACAAUCGCGUGAAAUAGUUUCAAAUUAGGUUUAGGUAUAAAUUGUCCCUGAAAGCGGUAUAUUGAGGCAACCGAUUUUUAUUUAUACAAUGUAAAUAUAGUUUAUGUAAAUAUUUCUCUUUUUACAUCAUGAAUAUCUACAAUUUACUUUUUUUUUGUUUAACUCAAUAUCGAUUGCAUGGCCUUGAGCGUUACUUAUAUGUAAUAUAGGAGACGUCAUUUCA